AUCCCCCGCGCCCGUCCCCGAGACGCGUUUUACGCCGUGCGAUAUAGUGUGUAGUAGUCGCUCGCGACCGGUACCAUUAAUACUAAUUGCCAGCUACUGUAAUAAUAACAUAACGCCGCCACCGCUGUCGCUGCUACUGCUACCGCUGUUGCCGCUGCUACUUCUGCCACUGCCGCUGCUGCUGCUGCUGCUGCUGCUGCUGCUGCUGUCGCCGUACCGUUGCCAUUACCGCCGCCGCAGAGCCGCCGCCAGCGAUUAUAUUCGUACCGUAGUAGCAGCCGCAGAUGCGCCACGCCACUGCAGUAAGUACUGUCAACGCUAUAACUCUGGACGGCGGCGCGUAGCGUGGUCACCGGAAAAUUAUAGACGCCGUCACACGGUCCGGUGUACAUAGCUAAAAUCUAUAGCGCCGAUACAAUCUCGCCGCGUUGUCGUCGGCGAGUAUUUUACGCGCCUCCCGCGCGGAUGACGGUCAUCCCGCGGUGGCGACGUUGACCCCGUCGACGUGAUGGACCGCGGCGCCGGACGGUGGACGGCGGACGCGACGCUGCACGGCUGCUGGCCGACGGUUGCACGGACGCCGGCGUCGUCGUUAUCAUCUGCACGUGCCCCGGGCGCACGGUCGCGUCCCACGCGUCCCAUCACUACGUGAUUGCCGGUGCUGCAGCUGGGCACCGGCGGCGGCGGCGGCAGCGACGACGACGGCAACGACGACGACGUGGCGGUUGAUGCGGCGACGUGACCGUCACAGGUCUCUCGACACCGGUUUACUUGAUAAUUAUGGUCGUGGCCGCAACCAUGGCCAGCAUGGAUGACCACGAGCGGAAGAUUGUAGUCGAAUUUUGCCAAUUGCUGGAACAGUCCAAACAGCUAUUCAACGGGCUCCGGUGAGUCGGUCCUUUUCGUAAUAAUUAUAUUAUCUUUCAGGACUGUUAUUUUAUUCGUAUUUAAACAGAAUGUCGUUUUGUUGCGAUUCACCCCCCUCCCCCCCCGUGGAAAAAUUAUCCGCGUUUGUCAAUAUCCAGUAAGAUCACGAAAAUUAUCUCGGAUUUUGUUACCCGUGGGAUUUAUAUUUUACUCGGUCUGUGAUUGACUUGAGUAAAAUACAUAUUAGAAGUAUUCAGAAUAUAAGUGUUCUAUUAUAACGAAAAUAAAAUAGUUUUCCGAAUACGUAUUUAAAUUUAAAUCCGUAGUAUUUUAAAAAAAAUUCCGAAAACAACGCGAAAAUUAACACUCCAAACACUCUAAAACAACGAAAGUAACCAAAAGUAUUUUUUUUUUAGGGACGAAAUACUUUUUGACACUAUUCGAAACGCUAUCCUCAUGUCUAAUACCUGACCGGUUAUUAUAGGAAAGUAUAGUGUACCGACACAAUAUCGGGAGGAAGGGGAUGGGAUUAUCUAAAUUUCGUUUUCACGAGGGGUAUGUUAAAUUUUGGCUCACACACCCCCCAAAGAAAAUGUAUACCUCCCGGGUGCGUCACCGGUCAGAGAUCGAAAACCGUAACCUAGCCCAACACCCUGCGCUCGGUCGAACACACGCACGACACGCGGGCCGAAAAAUCCAAAAAAAAAAAUACGAAUCGACACAUGUGACAUUUGUCUAACCGCGAUGAUCGUGUUGGGAGCACGUGCAACUUCGUCGUCCCACAGACGCUUUUGUUUUUUAGUCGGUUGAACAAAAUACGGCGGGUAAUAAUGAUUAAUAUUAUGAUCGUUGCUAUAGCGCCUCCACCCCCCCUCUUCUCCGAAAUUUUUUUCUCCGGCGCGAACGGGCCAAAUAAAUUUCGGAGGGCAUGCGGGCCCAACGCCGCAUGAUAUUGAUCGAUAUGGCUCAAUACGCUCACUUGGCGUUCGUUCGAUUUGUGGGGGGAGGGGGCCGAGUACUCCCCGAACGCCCCGCUAUUUUUCCCCGCGUGGAUGCGGGGGCGCGGUGGCCGACAGACGGUGAUUUCGAAACGUGAUAUUUAUGUACAGUCCGCGGUAUUAGUACGCACGGUUAUAUUACUGCGAUAGCGCGUGUUCGUGGCGUACGGCAGUUUUCCGGCCCGUUUUACGUCCGCGCGGGCGAACCGCGCGAGGUCUCCGGGAAAACCGUACCCCGUGUAUCAUACGCGCGUACGUACAAUAACAAUACGUGCGCGCGAAACCGAUGAGUCACGUAUACGAGUGUAUCGUUACUAAUACGGGCCGUAUACGUAUACUGCAGUAAGUACCUACGUGUACGCAUACGCGAUAGUAUUACACACUACGCACCGGAAUAAUACGCGCCGUUCGAGUCUAUACCGACGCGCACAAAUCCGGCGAUUUAAGUUUAUCACUGUGUCGCGCGCGCGCGUGUGUGUGUGCGUGUGUGCGCGCGUAAUACGAGUAUGUACACAUAUAUAUAUAUAUAUACACGUACGUAUGCAUGUAUAUAAAUAUUGUGCGGCGAGGGGUCGCGAGGGUUGAAAAAAAAAAAUGCCGGUUUGUAUUUAAUAUACGUAUAUAUAUAUAUAUAUAUAUAUAUGUGUGUGUGUGUGUAUAUAUGGGUAUAUUAUUAUAUCUGUGACUCACCCGGGUGAUAUGCGCGACCAACCGUGCAUUUCGUGUUUUCCGGACGCGAAAACCGUAUCCUAUAAUAAUAUUGUAUAAAUAUAGUAUACGAAAACGUGUCCUCUAAAGGGAAUUGUGGGGGUGUUUUUAUUUUUUCCUACAGAGACCUUCCACAAUGCGGUCAGAAAAUCUGGCAAGGGUAUUUUGGCAAGACUUUUGACGUUUACACGAAACUUUGGAAAUUUCAACAGCAACACAGGUGCGUAUACCUACGUUUUUUUAUUCAUCCCUCCCCCCCCCCUCCCCCGUACCGAUAAACGCGCGAUAUACUAUUGCGACCAACGCGAGCGUUACCGUUGAGUACGCGUUAAGACGAGGGUUUUUUGAAAAAAAAAAAAAAAAAAAAUAAAAACCCCCGACCGUUUCGACGAUAAAUCGCAUCGCAUAUUGUGAAAACUAACGAAACGAAAUGUUAUUUCUAACACGAAAUUCGGGGGGAAAAAACCGACGGACGUGGACAACAAAAAUAACACGAGUAACUAUAUAAUAUUAAAUACAACCAACUAACUGCGAGGGGCGGCCGAUUAAACUCGGCAAAAUAUUAUUUUAAUCACGACACGCGUUAUGUUAAACGUUUUUACGUAUUGAUUGUGUGCACUCGGUUUUACAUUAAAAAAAAUAUAUAUAAAAGAGAAAACGUUAAAAAAAAAAAAGUCUCAUUUAAUAUGUAUAGUUUUUUUGUCGAAUUUUCCUUGAAAAUUAGAGACUAUUGUAUUUUAUUGUGUCUGUUAUUUAUAAUAAAUAUUAAUACAUCAGAUAUUUUUAGUGAAUAUCCAUUGUGUGUCAAAUUUUUCCCCCUAUCAAAACAUCUCCACGGGCAAAUAGAUCAACAUUUACCAUUUAUUUUUUAGUAAACACGCAGUUAGCAAAAUCUUACUCUACUGAGUGUCCAAUGAAUAUUACUGAGUGUCCAUUUGCACACUGAAAACUUUCUUAAAAAAAGUCAUGUGUAAUGUGUAAUGUAUAAUAUAAUUCCCUUUGGAAUAAAUGAUCUCAAACUAGGAUGAAUUUCAACAUGAAUUUCAUUACCGUGUUAUAGACGGAAGAGGGUGAUUUUUUUGCUUUAUACAUCUCUACAGAAUUCUUAUACAAUGUCAGGGAGAUAAAAUUGUGUAUACGCAUGAUGUUUAGUAUCUAGGAUUCGUUUUGGCAUUUUCAACUUUCAACCAUCUGUCUCUUAAAAUUUUUAUGCUCAAAUGUCAUCGUUUUUUUUUGUUUAAAAGUACCCAGUAUAUAUUUUAUUGUAGUUUAGUAUACAAUGACACGGCAUAGCAAAUUUGUGUUUAACAAAAUACAUUUUUCGCUGGUAAUUUUAAUAUUACACUGAAUCAUGUAUUGUCAUACGAACACACCUAUAAAUAUUCUUGUAAAAGCCUACACUUUGGUUUUUUAAUUUCGAAACGAGUAUUAUACAAAAAAAUAUCACAAUUUAGAAAAUGAUAAAACUCGUUUAAAAGUUAAAAUAUCUUUAAAAUAACUGCUGUACAAACCCAGGUAAUGUUUUCAUAUCUUAAAAAUUUUAAUAAUAAGUCUAUUAUCUUAAUUACAUUAAAACUACCAGCGCAAAAUGUUUUUGUUUCAAAACGCGAAUUUGUUUUGUUGUGUGUUUGUAAAUCUAGGGUAGAGGAGCUAAUACGUGCACCCAUGUGCCACUGUUUUAAAUAGGAAGUUGAAAAUAUAAGAUUCAUAAAUUAGGAUAAUAAUUUAUACCUAUACCUAAACCUAUAUUUAUACCCUUACACAACGAUAGUUCCAUUCCUAACGAUUCUGAGCAAAGUUCGGUUACACAUAUUUUGAAAUAUCGUAUAAUUUUUACAAUAUGUUUCAAACUGCGAUGUUAGAACUUCUAUAAAAAAAUAAAUAAAAACUAAUACAAUAUGCUCAACUUUUUUUUUGACCAAUAAGUAUACAAUUUAUAAUAUAACCUCGUGUUAAAUUUUCAAGCAUGCCAAAAAUGCAUUUUUAUGUCAAAUGUAUAACUAUUUAUUCUAUAGUAUUUAUGUAUAUAGCUCAAAAAUUGUCAAAAUGUUUAGAUAAAUUCACCACAUUUAGAAAAAACAAAAAUAAAAUCGAUAAAUACGAAACGUAAACUUUCUCGGUUUUCCUACUUUUUCCAGUUUUUCCAAUUGUUGUACUAACUAGAUCCAAAGUGCAACAAAAAUAAAUUUCUUAAUCUGUAGUUAAUCUGUCUUAAUUCUGGUAGAAUAGUUGUUAGCUAUUAGAUACAUAAAUAAAAAAAAAAAAAUAAAAAGCACAUAUAUUAAAACCAAUAAAUUUCUUGCUACGCUCAGAAUCUGAAAAAAAAAACUCACGUGGAGUCUUGUUAUAAUGAUUUUAUUUUUUAUAUAAUAUUUUUAAAAAAUACUAAUAAUUAGUCGUUAUUGUUUUAUUGUUACAGACAAGUGUUGGAUACGAAAUACGGACUAAAGCGAUGGCAAAUAGGUGAAAUAGCCUCGAAAAUAGGUCAACUAUACUAUCAUUAUUAGUGAGUAUCUGUAUAUAAUAAAAUGUAUUGUUCAAUAUUCAUAAUCUUCGGUCGGGAAUAAUGAAUUGCUGCACAAUGAUCGACGCGAGCCCAUCGUAAUUAUAUCGAUCGAUUACACGUGUUAUUAUAUUACGUAAAGGUACUCGACGAUGGUAAAAAGAUCCAAGACCCCCAAGACUACUAGUGUACAUGACAUUUUUUUUUUUAAAAGCAGCUCCUGUUAGCUCAAGUUAAUUUUGAUUAUUCGUCGCCGCUCCGCCGUCUUUUUAUUCGAUACUUUAAAUAUUUUUCUAGGUUAUAUCCUUUUAAAAUUAUAUCCCUAUUAUAUAAUCGGUCAAGGGUUUUAAUUAUACAUUAUCCGCUGGGGGAACGUGCGAUCAGCGUAGGGGAGGAAAAAACCAUUUUACACUAUCACCCUAUAAAAUGUGCGUGUGUGUGUGUAUGUGGCAGUCACUCACACAUUAAACUCGCUAAAAAUAUGUAUUAUUUUUUAUAAAGUGUAAAAUCGAUGUAGGCGGCCACGUAUAAUACGUGGGCCCGUGGGUCUUUUAUAGCAGUUUUUUUUCCUUUUUUUUUUCUUUCCUUUUUACAGUAUCGAGGCAGUUUUCAAGUAUAAAACAAUAGUGGCAUGCGGUGGUGGCAUGUCUCUCAAGCGUGACGGGCCUAUUUUUUUUUUUUACACAAUUCACUUAUCGAUUCAAAAACCUUUUGGUCAUGGUGUGUUGUAGAAUAUAAAUUUUCAUUAGACGAGAUCAGUGGUAUUAAAAAAAAAAAAACUGUACAUUUAUCUUCGUAUACAAUAUAAUAAUAAUAUAUUCUCCACGUCAUCGUCAUUUUACUUAUAUUUUAUAUAUCAUUAAUAAAGUGUCCAUUUAUAAGUAUGAAUAUGUAUUUAAAUAUGAUUAUAUUUAUUUUAUAGCCUUAGAACGAGCGAUACGAACAACUUGAAUGAAGCGUAUUCGUUUUAUUCGGCGAUACGGGGAAGACAAUACUAUUCACGAGUAUCUCAGGAAGAUAGGUGAGCGCCUUAUCUUAAAAAAAAAAUAAUUAUUGGUAAUUUUAAUCAGUAUAACAGGCUGAUUUUUUAGGUUCUGGGGGAAACAAGAAAUGUACCAGUUUUACUGUUAUGUGUUUAAAAUUUAUAAUAUUUCUUUUGAAAUUGUUACUUUUGUUUUACAUUGUUCUUAUAAUUUUUAUUAUUAUUUUGAUUAUUUUGUGUUGAUGUCAUAGUUAUGGUGUUUAAAUGAAUACUCACUGUCGCUGGUGUAACCGAGGUGGAGAGGGAUAACCCCCUUCUCUCGAAAAUUUGAAAUUUAUGUUUAAUAAAUCUUGCCUACGUAGUUUUUUACAUUUGACUAAACAACAGUAUUUAGUAUUUUUUUAAAAUAGAACUACCAAAUUUGUGUUGUUUGUUAUAAAAUUCUGAGUGUAUUAAAGAAGCUAUAAUGGUUUUAUUGAAAUUAGGCGCAAGUCCAAUAUUGCACGACUAUUAAAACCCACUGUGACUGUUAUACUAUACCAGAUUACCGAACUCUAAUCAUAAAUCGCUUUUUGAUUACAAUAAUAUAUCGUUGCUUUCAGUAUUUUAUAUAAAAUAAAAUUUCCCUUAUAUAUUAUCUUAAAUACCUUCCAAACUUUCCACUAACAACAGUGGCCUACCCGUGUUGCCAAGUUAUAAGUACGAUUUUAUAUUAUUAUCUAAUAAUACUAAUACAAUUAUAAAAAGUACAUUUAAAUCUAUACUAAUAAUAUUAUUAAAAAAAGAAAAGAUUUGUUUUGUAAGGAUAAGCUCAAAAACUACUUAACUGGUUUUAAAACUUCUUUGACCUAUACAAAAUUACAUUAACAGCGAGUAACAUAGGCUGUAUUUUAUUUUAAAAUAAAUGAGAGAUCCUUACAAAAAUUGUAAUUAUUAGGUUUUCGUGUAAUUUUGGUACGAAUAUCUAAUUGUUUAAUUAUUUAUUUUUGUUUAUUCAUGGGUUACCUUGGUGACAGAUGACAAUUUGGUUGUCACCAACAAGAAAAUUAUUAUUAUUAUUAUUACUAUUAUUAUUAGAUCAGCAAGUAAUUAGUAUGGACCUUAAUUUAGCCUCAUCUAAAGAAAUAAAUUGUGUAAUACAUAUUUUUAGAUUUUUGCGGAGCAAGGAAUGUAUUGUUUUUACAAUGGUGUUUAUUUUUUUAUUUAUUUUUUCAUCUGUGAACAACUUUUCUAUUUUUCUCAGAAAUUUUGCUCCGAUUUUCAAGUGUAGCACUUUUUCUGAAAUAAAAUUUGACUAAAUGGUACUUCAAGGAUGUCAUUUUUUGAUUUUCUCAGAGGUUUUAAAUGGGAACAACGUAGAAAAACGGAAAAAUUUACGAAAUGUAUUAAUUUUAAGUUGUAAAUAUUACAGCUUUUCAAAACAUUUAUAACCGAACUCUGCUUAGAAUUAUUUUUCGUUAGUAAUGAUUAAUUGUUGCGUAUAGAUGUAUAUUAAAUCCCCCUCUUUAUCUUAACUUCCAAACUUCCCACCUAUAACAGUGGCUCACCCAUCGUGCGAAGUAUGUCCGUAUAUUUUUAAUAAUCAACCGAAAAAAAAAUAUUCUUUUUGCGCAAGAAUUGUUGUUGCGAUUUCAAUCCACGCACGUGUAAUUUAUUUACUGUAUUAUAUAAUAAACGUUUUAAAUAAUAGUAUUGAUUUUUUUUUUUUAAUACAACUUAACGUGUAGUGGCUGUAUAAAUUAUUUAAGUGCAGUGCGUACUCAUAAUAAUACACAUUAUUAAUAUUUUUUUUUUACGAAUGGUGUAUGAUAAUAUCUUUCGUUUGUAAAACGGUUGUUUCAAUAAAGUCGAGUUGGCUGUCGGCUAAAGUUGAUUGACGAUGAUUUUAUUUUUAAAUGUUUCUCGAGAGGGUGUAUUAUGAAAACAUUGCAAUCGUCAAGUAUUCGUGAGUAUAUGUGUGUACCGCUGUUAAUUUUUACUUUGAUAGUGUUGGAAGUAAAUAAUUUAAUUUGUCGGCUCCUGAUAAAAUAGUGAUAUAUGUAUACAUUCAUUAUACAUUUAUACAUACAUAUGUAUGGGGUUUCGCAAUUAUUCAGGACAGAGUUUUUAGUGUAUAUUUUAUUGGAUAGUGCUUUUUCGACUUUUUGACUUUCUGUAUCUUGCUGAAAAGUGAUGGCGUUGACGUAAAUCCUAGAACAAAAGAUGAAUAAUACAUAAUUGAUAAAGGUUUAAGUACGUUUGGAUAAAAGAAUGUUUUAUAAUAAUAGCAUUUUUUUUAUCGUAAGCCCAUAAAUUAACGAAUUUGUAUAACGUUGACACUGCCCUUUUCGUUCCUGAAAAUAAUACCCGAACACACGCGAGUUUAUUGUACUUAAUAUUAUUAUUAUUAUUUACUUUCAGAUCCGAUCUAAUGGUAAAGAAACUGAGGUAUUAUGCUAGGUUUAUUGUGGUGUGUCUGUUGCUGAGGAGAGUCGGAGCCAUCCGGGAAUUGUUGGCCGUGAGUUUUUACAACGAUAUUAUUUAUUAUUAUUAUUAACUUUUAUGUAUGCUAAUAUAAAUUUAAAUAUACAACACAACGGGUCGAAUUUCCAUUAGAUUAACGCUUGGGGGAGGCCGCUACACAUAUGCAUUUGCAUGGGGUUUUUUUCUCUCAAAUUUUAAUUUUCAAGCGAGAUGACAUUACUUUUAAAUUGUGAUAUUUUACACAUCUCGCUUGACAACUAAAAUAAUGAAAAAAGUGCCUUUCAGUUGAUCAUAUGAAUAUUAAAACGAAUAGCCCAAAAUUAGUUCUGUUGAACGCAAAUUUUUUACGUCUUGCGUUUGUAAAACGAAGACAGAAUGCACGUGUAAGCAUCCUUUUUAAAUGCAACACCCGAAAUUUGAGUUGGCCGGACACUUUUUUUUUGAAAUUUCGAAAUUUGAGGGAAAUUACUCGGUGAAUUUAUUGAUGAAGAAAACAACUAACUUACAUGUAUAAUUGUAAACAUGAUUACAGCUGCUAUAUCCCGAAAUGUUUAGUCAACUAGAGUAUCGCGAUUUCCAUGGUAACAGGUUUACCAUAAAUCGUGUAAUUGUUUAAUUUUUUAAUAAAUGCGAAAAUUAAGAAAUCUGUUACAAAUAAACUGUUUAAAAAGUCUUGAAGAGUCGAGACACCGGGGACUAGGCGUUGAAUUUCAUAAGCGACGGUUAAUUUUAAUUUAUUGAAAUAAUUGCAAUAUUGUGUUUCCGCGUAAAAAGGUUCACGACAGUAUACGCACGUGUUUAAAUUAAGUAAUUUGCAUUUUUAAAAAAUCCAAUAAAAAUAACAUACAUAUAUAGUGUAUGCUAUAGUAUUGUAUAUAGGUCAAUAUGUUGAUUUUAAAUCUCUGUGGUGUAAAAAUGUUUCAAAUAACAUAAAAAAAAAAACAACAAUAUAACACAUCGUAUAGGCUUUUAUACAUCAUCAUCAUAUAAAUCGAUAUCGUAUCAAAUUCCGUUGUACAAUGUAUGAAAUGUGUCGACAUAAUAACAUUACUAUUAUAUUCGAAUCAUAUGUACAUAAAUACGUGCAGGUGACACAAUAUAUCUUGCGCUACCCGACCCUCCCCCCAUAUAUAAUUAAUAUGAAAAAUAAAAAAAAUAAUCGAUAGACCGUAAUAAUAUUGAAUUGCUUUACUGUACACUACAUACGAACCGUCUGAUUCAAAGGUCGACGAGCUCGUAUUUUUUGAGACGGCGAUAGAAUUUUCGGGAUACCGUGCAGCCCACACUUUUCGAUCUCAUUUUAUGUACGACGCCUCUCUACGUAAUAUAUUUAUUUAUUACGCGUCGUAUUCUCGUUGUUGUAUUUUGAUAAGUAUACAUUUUUAAUAAAUUUUAAAUUUAUUUUAUUUUUUUGUACAAUACUCGCUAUAUCCAGUACAAAAGUUUCGGAUAUAUCCUUAAUUUAAUGGGUUUUUUCUCCUCCGGAAAAUUUAUUGAUGGUUUUAUUAUACAAUAUAUGUGUAUAUACUUUUAAUGUUUCGACUUUCAAGCGCAUUUUCGAGAUUUUCAGAGCAUUUUUUUUUUUUUUAUUAUAUAUAAAUUCACAACCUGAUAAAGUUAUUAAAUAUAAUCAUGUUUCAUUCUCUCAUGGUAUCAUAAUAUGCUCGUUUGUUACCCAAUUUCAGUAGUUCUCAAGACACAAUAUUCACCUGUAUUAUAUACAAUGUCCCACGAAGAUAUCUUCGGAAACAAUAAAGAUAAUCAAAUUCUGGUUUUUUAUAUUACUCACUGGGAUAAGGAAUACAAGUAUUUAUACUGCAACUAAUUUUUGGUAAACAUUUUUUAAAAAAAAUAACUCUUUAUUUUGUUAUUUUUGAAAAUUGUGAAGAUAGCCAUUUUUCAGAGUUUAUUUUUCUAAAAAUGUUGACAUGUCAGCUCUUUAUUUUCAUUAAAUUCGUGAUUUUUAAUAAUUUGUUAAAUUUUAGAGAAAAGAAGUGUACAGUAAAUUGUCAUACAAAUAAUAAUAAUCAAUUACACAAUACGAUUACAAACUACUGCAUAAUUAUAGGUACUUUUCUCUAAUUUCUAAAAAAUUAUAAAUGAAAAUCAAAUUUUAAUAUCUCAACAUUUUUAGAAGAAUUAACUCUAUAAAAUGGCUAUCUUCAAUUUUUUCAAAAAUAAUAAAAUAAAAAGUUAUUUUUAUUAAGUGAAGUUUUUAUCAAAACAAAAAGUUAAUUACAAUAUAAAUAUUUGUAAUCCUUAUCCAUGUGAAUAAUAUAUAUAUAUAUAUAAAAUAAUAAUAAUAAUAAAAUAAAAUGAAAAAAAACAGAAUUUGAUUAUCUUUAUUAUCUUCGGAGAUAUUACAAUGGGUUAUAUUCAUCUUAUAAUAUCUAAUAUUUAAUAUCUUUGUGGAAUACCCUGUAUAGUUUAUAUAUAACUAUAUUGACGACUCGUGAAGUACUCUCAUUUGCUUUACCACUUGUGUUGAUUUUGACUUGUGUAGUACGCGUAGUAAAUAUAAUAUCGUAAAAACGAAAAUCUAUUACAGGAACUCGACAAGCAGAUCGUAGACUACACAAGUACAUACGAACCGGACGACCAGUUGGAAUGGUCUUUGGUUUUGGAAGAAAUCAAAACGUUCGUAAAGGCCGACAGCAUAGUGAAUGUAUUGCACGCCGACCAGAGCAGCGUCAUACUUUCGCACAGGUAAUAUUUAGUGUUAUAAAAGUGUUUGAACAGCGUACGAAUUUCAUGUUGAAUAAUCUUUUUAUCUCAGCAUUUAGAGUAAGAAAUAACCUCUACGACUUGGCGUAUCAUAGCUUUACACGGGUGUAAUAUUGUCUUAUUUAUUAUUCAUACUUAACGAGCAAAAUUACUCUUUGAAGAGUAUUACAGGUACAAAUUUUUUGUCCGUUGUACGUAAACUCAAAACAAAUACUCGCACACGGGACCACUUUUGAAAUUAUCGAACGGUUUUGAACAUUUUUCGAGUCCAUCAAUUAUCGUUUCGUUAUAACCAUACUCCUAUGUACGUGACCCAUUAAAUAUCUGGAGUGUGACCCGUUUAAAUAUAUUAUUGAUAUUAUCAUUUGUGCACACUCGCAAUAUAAUCAUUAUACACGUAUAUUGGAUUGCCUGCCGACAACACGGUAGGUAUCCAAUAAUAUUGUCCGCAAACGAUACCAUACAACGUACCUAUAUGCAAAAGCGUUAACGCAUGAUUUGUUUUCCUAUAUGUAAAUGUUGUAAUACGCACACGCAACAUUAUAAACAAGAGACUUAUUUUUAACAACUCCGUUUGUACUGCAGGUUAACGCCGCUAACUACGCCCCCUGUGGAAAAAUCUACGAUGAUGAAUCUUUCCUUGCAAGAAAUAAUACUCAUCGGUAACGCAUCGGAACAGGUACGAGAUGAAAAAUAUAAUUAGAAAAAAAAACCUUCGUAACGAUUAUUAGUUUCGAUUGUAUACUUAAUACUUGUAGUUGAUAUGUAUUGUAAGAAGAGAAAAAAGAAUACAAACUGAGAUGGUUUGAACAUGACAAGAAAAAUGAUGAUAAUAUAAGAGAUGAGUGACAUUAUGCAGAGACUCAAGAACUAUUUUUCAAAUGAAGGAGGGAGAGGGGGCUAUUAUAUAAUUAAUAAUAAUAUAUUUAAUCCCACGACAUCAAUAUAUUUACAAAAAAUUACAAAUUAAGCAUAAAUAUACAAUUUUUUUGAAGAAAAGAAAGUGUUGGAUUAAGAUUAUUAGAAAUAUUAAAAACAAAAGAGAGAAGGAUUAGUAUUAGUAAUAGACAUAAAGUGGGUAAUUGUUUCAUUAAGUCCGGAAUUAGUAAAUUGAAAAGAAAGAGAACAUUUUUUAGUUAAACAGGCAAUAUGAGAAGGAAUAUACCUAAAAAUUAAGUUUAGAAAAUAAGAAUGGUAAAUUUCCUCUCCAAUGACAAAUUGACCAUUCCUACUUCUAAACAGGGUCAUAGACGCAUGUAGAGUGCUCAAUUUUGAGUAGGAAAGCUGCAUGCUUAAGAAAUUUGCAUUGUACUCAUUCUAAUUGCCUGCAAGCGACUGCAGUAUGGGGAUCCCAGAACACAGAGUCAUAUAUUCAAUGAUUGGAUGAACGAGGGCACAAUAGAGAGCCCCUUAAAAGUCGUUUCAAGAAACCUAACAUUUUCAAUGCUUAAGAACAGGCUUUCUCGAAAUGAAGAUUAGGAUUUAGUGAGAGACAUAAAUUAAAACUGAGAUCACAAAUUUCACUGACAUAAACGUUUUGUAAAUUUUAACGGAUCAUCAAAUUUUAAUCUUAAUGGUCCAUUCGUUAAUCACUCGAUUUGGGCUCUGUUAAUGUUAGCGACUCGUUAAAGUGUGUUAUUAUUAAUCAUUUAUCACUUAUCAAUAAUUCACUUAGAUACUUAACUAUGUAUGAACAAUAUUGUUUAUCUAUCUCGAUGUCUAUAGUAACAUUAUAAUAUAAUAUUAUAUUUAUUACUGACGAACCAACCGGUUAAUUUAAUUAAUUAUAAUCAUUCAGUCGCGCAUCCAAGGGGAGAGCAUAGGGUCACGUGCCCCUCUGUCACUGGACUACAGUUUUUAUUUAUAUAUUUUAUAUUAAUUUAAUUUUAAUAUAUAAUUUAUAGUUAAUUUACUAAAAAUAUAAAUAAUAUACCUCCUCACCCCCCUUUAAACAAUUUCUAAAUCCACCGCUGUAAUCUUUAGUAUUACUUUUAGCAUUAAUUAUGGUAGUUUAUUAUGAUUCAUUAACUAGUGACGGUGAUGAUGAAUUUAUAUUUAAAGUUGUUGUAUGUUUACCAUAACCAAGGGUGUUUCGGAAUAAUUUUAAAUGAGAUAGACGAUAUUUAUGUUUAUACUUCUUGAAUAUAUUGUACAAUUUUUGUGCAACUAUUAACUAAUCAGUGAUUUACCGAAUAAAGAUCUAACGAAACAUUAGUUAAUUAUUACUUAAAUAUUUAUGGAAUAAUUUUUAUGCAAUCUGGUAUAUUAUGUUUACAUAAAAUUGAUUUGUCUACAGGAAUGAUAAACGUAUUGACUGUUUUUUUGAAACAAUAUUAGUCACAGUAUAAAAUAGGAAAUGGAAUAAUUUGAAAUUUUUUAAAUAAAUAAAUGAAAUAUUUAUUUUCGUAAUUUAAAAAAGUUUUAUUUAUAUUUUAUUGGGGGAGGGGAGUACGAAACUAUACGUUUUUCCUAGUAUGUUUUACUCAAGAGUAACUGCUCAUAUUAGCCUCAUUAAUUGGAUGUUUUUGAGUGAGAAGUUACAGUGAGAACAGCGGUUUUGCAAAUUGAUGUAAUUGGACGGAGCAUUAUAAUAAUAGAGCAACACUAAAAGGAGAUACGGUUGAUGGUGGUAUAAUACGAGGGAGUGAUAUAUAGUGAUGUAGGAGACCUUGUAGUCGGCUGGAUAUUUAGAAUCAAUAUGUGGUUCCCCGAUUAUAAUAUUGUUUAAUUUUUGUGAUUCAUAAAGGUUAAAUUCAGCGAAAUGACCAUAGACAUGUUCCGAAUGAUGCAGACAUUAGAGAGGGAAAAAAAUCGAGACGAAAUCAAUCACGUAUCGGAUCCUCCUUCGAGGGCAUCGUUUGUGAGUCCAAAUCGAUUUUCACGUUAUUAUUUCGUUGAUAUAAUAUUUUAAACUGAAUAUAACCAAUCACGAAAUGCUAUAUAUUAUUACGCCACGAAUACCUAUAAUACCCAUCGUGUGUUCAAGAACUCGAAAACAAUUAAUUUAGAAUAAUAUUAAUAUCGAAUUGCAAUAUCUGCAAACAUAUUUGUUUACUAAAUUAAUAGACAAUCGUUUAGGGAAUUUAUGAAUAAUACCUACUCUUUGUAGAUACAUUUUUUUUAGAUUCUGAGCGUUUUUUAUUGUAUUUAGGCACUCAUUUUUUCAACCAGAAAUCUUGUUCCAAUCAACAAGAAANUUUUUUUAGAUUCUGAGCGUUUUUUAUUGUAUUUAGGCAUUCAUUUUUUCAACCAGAAAUCUUGUUCCAAUCAACAAGAAAGCUUUUUGUAACAAUUUUUUUUAUUUGUAUAUUAGAGGAUCACAUUUUAAAUUCUGAGCAAAGCAAGUGAUAUAUUGGUUUUACAAUAAUGUUUAUUUUUCAUAAAUUCUACAAGAUUUCUAAUCUUGCUCCAAUUUUCAAGUAUACCACCUUUUCUGAAAUUAAAUUUCCUUAGGGUGGUACUUUAAGGUAGUCAUUUUUUAAUUUACAAGCUGUUUUCAAAAUAAUUGGAAAAAACCGUAGAAAAAACGGAAACAUUUACGAAAACAAUGCUUUUAUUAUUUCUAAUUUUUGGUUUUUAUUGUAAUUCAGUUAAAAAUAUUCGUAGAGACUUUCUAUUUUGACAAAAACAUUAUAUUUGUCUUUCGUAGACAUGAUAAAAAUAUUGAACUAUUUAAAGACAUUUUAAUUUUUUAUGUAAUAUUUAUUCGGUGAGAAUAAAAUGCUAGACUAAACUAAAAUACUUGAACAUUUUAUAAAAGGUUCAUUAUAAGUGGUACUUAGUGGUCAUUACGAAAAAGUUAAGUUUAAUGUAGUAUUUUUUUUUAUAAGAAUUUUAAUAUUAAAUUUUGACGUAAAUAUUAUGGCCUUUUAAAACAUGUAUAACCGAACUCCGCUCAGGAUCAUUUUACAUUAGCAAUGAUUAACCGUUACAUACAAAAACAUAUUAAAUUGCCCUCUAAAUCCUAUCUUCCCAACGUCUCACUUACAAUAGUGACCCACUCAUCUUAUGAAUUACCUAUGUCCGUAAUUUGUUUUUUUGUAGUAUUUUUUUAAUUAUAGGGAUAGCAAUAGUUCAACAAUGUGCUUUUUUUUUAGGAGAAAAGUUACUCAAUAACCAGUAAUAAAACUUUAGCGUAUCCGAUGAUGGCAAAUCACGAUGUGAAUAGUUCCAGACGAGAAAAUCCUCACAAAUAUAUACUUUACAAACCGACCAUUACUCAAAUAAUGAUGUUUUUAGCCACAGGUUCGUACACUAAUUCACCCCAUUUUUAUCAAUUUUGUAACAUUUUUUAUUAUUAUUAUUAUUAUUAUUUCUUUUAUUGAAGGUUUUAAAGAACUCCCCGCGAACGGCGUUUUGCUCAUGUACGUCUCGGCAGAUGGAUGUUUCCAAACCUCAAAACACGUUAAUGACUGUUAGUAUAAAAUUAAAAUAUAUGAUCACUAAAUAUUACGUCUAAAUAUUAUAAAUAUAUAAAUUACAGGGUUUUACAAUUAUAUUGAAGAUAUUUUAAUAUUUUAGAAUUGUAUAAUAUUUCGUGUGAUUUCGUUAUAAUUUAUAUCGAUGUUAACAUAUUAUUAUAACAGACUUUAAUUAUAUUUUUUUUUUCAAGUGGGUUACGAUUGUGGAGGAAUAAUGGCGAGUAGCAAACGAGAAAUGGAAUUGACCAACAAAAAAGGCGUUCACGUAAAAGAAAUCCAUUGGUGAGACCGGAAUAAAAUAUUAUCAUCUUAUAACAAAAAGUAAAAUUAAAUUAUUGUUAUCAUUAUUAUUAUUUCACAGUUUAUAUCCCGGAGAUCUUUAUCCGUUCACUAGAAAACCGUUGUUUGUAAUAAUCGAUUCGGACAAUAGUUUUGCUUUUCAAUACAUACCGAGGUACUUUGGUCAUCCGUUUGUCGUGCUCAUGUCACCUCAAGAGUUACCGGAUAAACUUCACGGUAAACAAAUAUUAUGUAUCUAAAUUCUCUUCCUUUUUUCGUUGCUUUUCCCAGCUAGUUUAAGUCUCAAUCUCUGUCUUGGGUUUCCAGUGGUAUCUUACUCUUCGGUUUUCUUUUUACUACUUCUUGAAUCAUAUUUUUUAUUUGUGCCCAAUAUACGAUUCCUGUUCAACUUGUCUUUUACUUUUCAAUAAUGCCAUGAUAUCCUCUUUUCCCGACAUAUGUGUUACAUCUUGAUUUUUCCUUCUUUCACAUAAUACUAUCCUGUGUUCUGAUCUCUCUUUGCCCCAAAACAUUGAGCGCUGGAUUUUUCUCUCGAAUAUUGUACAAUUUUGUUAAUUUUUUUGAGAGGGGAGAGAGGAGACAUGUAAAUAGAAAUAGAAUAACAAUAGGAUAUACCAUGGCCUUAUAUAGUGUUCGUUUGUAUUUCUGUGAUAUUAAAUUAAAUGUAUUACUGAAAAAUAUACCUUCUAGUAUAACAUUACGACACUAAAAACAAUUUCAUUUGUCAACGUAAGUGAGUUGAUAUCACUUUAUUUGUAUUUUUCAACAGAACAACUACAGCACAACGGAAGUUUAUUCACGUUGUUUUUGCACAGCCCUCUGACGGCGUUCUGUCUCAUAUGCAAUAUCCUAACUGUAAAAAUGCAUUUAUGGGAAAGGGCCAAUUCGUACGUAGACAGAUUUAUCACGGAAGCCAGCCGUCUGUUUACCAGCAAAGUGAAACCAGGUGAUAUAUACAAAUAUGUAUUAUGAAUUACGAAUUUUGAUAUGUAUAUAUAUAUAUAUAUGUAUAUCCUAUAUACGAUUAUAUUUAUAAUACCACAUGCAUAAUAAUUAUUAUGAUUUUUUUUAGACGUAUCUUACAUACAGUUUUUCGGAGACGAUUUUUUAAGGCUAUUGUUGCUGCGGUACGUCUUUUGUCAUGUUGUUCUGCGUCAUCAUCGAGCAUUUAAUGUGAGCAGCUACUUAUAUUAAUGUUAAUAGUAAUCAUAGUGUAAAUCAAUCAAUAAUAUUAUAUUAUAUAAUAUAUUAUAUUGGCAAUCCGCGAUCAAAUUCUCAAUUUUUCUAUAUCCCGAUUAAUUUUUACUACUGUUACCGUCGAUUUUAUUAUUUUUAAAAAAUGGUAUAAAAACGCCACGAAAUAUAUGAACCUAUAUGUUUGUCUAAGUGUAUUAAAAAAACUAAAAUAUCUAUUAAUCAAAAGACAAUUUCUGUAACUUAGCGCAAGAAGGGUAAUGUUAUUUUUUAGUCAGAAAUUAGUCAGAAAAAAAAAAGUGUAAAAUGUAUUAUUUUCUAAAUAAAAAUUGAAAAUUACACUAACAUUUAAAUUCAUUAAAAUUCACAGAGCCUUAUGGGGCAUUGAAAUUUCAAAGGUCAUUCCCCAACAAUGUGUGACAUUGGCCCUUUUUGCGCUUACAGAUAUAUAUACGAACAAAAUGAUACAAUUUUGGUAAUUAUAAUUCCUCUACACAUCAGUCUCAAAUUUGAUAAGUUCACUCCAGUCUACAAAAUAUUCAAAUGAUGCUACUGGUAUUAUUGGCAUUAAAAAGUGUCUGAAAAACCGCUUAUACCGUGAAAAAACCGUUUACGCGAUAGUAAAAUAAUAACAAGACAAUCUAUUUUUGAAUACAGUACACAUAUAAAUAUAAUUAUAUUAACGACGUCAUUAGUGCUGCUACAUCUUCGUAUUAUUAUGGAACUCGGUGGUAUAUGAUCAUAAAAUUAUUAUUUCUUUUUUAAUAUUUAGUGAAAAUUAAAACAUUAUAAAUAUAUCUAAAACACCUAUACUCUUACAAUAACCUAUACAAUUCCAUCGUCACAUACAAUUUUUAACUAAUAAUAUUAUUGUAUUUUAGAUUUGGAAUCUGACGUACAAGUUAUAAUUAAUGCUCCAAAAUUAUUGUACAUUGUACAUUAAAAGAUGCGAAUUUUUCAUAAAAAAAAUUAUUUGAAAAAUAAAGUGUCUAGAUUCUAAAUUGUUUUUGAUAUAUCGAUUUAAUAUAGGUAUUAUGUUGAUUUCUAAGAGGUAGUCUGGCAGGCAUCAUUUCAGUUUUUCAAUGGGGAUACAAUAAUUUUAAUCGGGUCAAUUUUUUCCUUCAUCGGGCCAUUUAUAUCUUGUUUAUUUCACGGAAAAAAAACAAAUUUUCGAUUGCUUCAAUCGCUCAAAUUCCCACUUUACAUUUCAAUGUUCAACUACUGUAAAGAAAUGUUUCUGAUUUGUAUUUCUUUCUAUAUUUAAUCGACGACAGUGCAAAUAAAUAACAUUUUAUGCUAGUCAAAAACAUAUUAACAAAAAAUAGGGCUGCCAAAUUAUAGUCUGAAUCCCUCAAAUGAUGGCCUUGGUUGUAAAGUAAAACAAGACUUAAAUUAUAAUCUUACCACAGUUUAUCGAUUUUCGAUUGUUAUUUAAUUGUAAUGAUUUAUAAUUUCUUACAGUAUACAGGGUGUCCCAAGAAUAUAUACUUAUUGUAAUAUAUCCGGAGAUCAUAAAGAUAAUCAAAUUAUGAUAUUUUUUUUAUAAUCACAGAAAUAAGGGCCAUUAUAUUUCAAUUGAUUUUUAUGUUUUGGUAAAAUAUUUAAAAAAAUAACUUUUUAUAUAAAAAAAAAAAAUUUAAAUAGACAUUUUAUAGAGUUUAUUUUUUUGAAAAUUUGAUACAUCGAUAUUUUAUAUUCAAUAAAUUCGAUCAAAUUUUUGAUAAUUUUUUAAAGUUCAUAGAAAAGUGGCUAAAAUUAUAUGCAGCAGGCUGUAAUCUGAUUACGAUUAAUUUAAUGUAAACUUCUUUUCUCUGAACUUAAAAAAAUUAUUAAAAGCCAUAUAUAAAGAAAAUAUUAUCUUUUAUAUCCCAUCUUCCUGAUAUAUUCAACACGAAAGUGACUUAUUCAUGACCAUUAUCACCUUUUUAAAAAACAUUUUCCUCGUCUAGUAACAAUAUAAUAUAAUAAAAGUACAUAUUAUUUUGUAUCGAAUCAAAAGGAAUAUAUUGUUUGUGCGCUGUUAAUUUUGUUGUUCUACGUAAUACAGGGAGAACAAUAUCUUCCGCGGUGCCAACCGCCUUUGCCGUUGGCCAGCUUUUUGGACGAGAUCUCUCUGAAGAAAUACGUUCGGGACUUGGCCAAACAUCUGGACGUUUUGUCGCAUUUUGAAAAUUUCGAAUGAACCUCUACCGCCACCGCCGCCACCGUAAAUGCUGCACCUGUAUCGCCCGCACCGCAGCGACAACAGUUGCAGCAGCUAGAUGGCGCGGACAUCGUCAACUUCUUCCAGUAUAGAAAAAAAAAAAAAAUGAUUAUUAUUAUUUAUUUAUUGUUGUUAUUUCGAUUAUAAUAUUAUAUAGUAUGUAGCGUAUAUACAUGUAUGUUAAAUGUAAUAUGAUCAUAAAUCCCCGCGGGCCAAUAGCCGGCGAUGGUAUUUAAGAUCCCGUUAAGAGGGCGCCGUACUCGCAUCGCGUCUAUACUCACAACUUACCGCCGUCACCGUCGUCGCCGUUAAUAUUAUAUUCUAAUCUCCUACGUGUAAUUAUUAUUACUGCCGGUCGGUUCGUACAAUAUUAUAAAACUAUAUCUAGCGGUGCAGCAUAGAUUAAAUGUAUACAUAUAUAAUAAAUUAUUACAUUAUAUGUAUAUGCAUGCGUACAUUGUAUACAGUAAAACUUCCGUUAACGGCCACCUCUGUCGUGUAACGGUCAUUUUUUUUUUUUUUUUUUUUUUUUUUUCGGUCCCGUCAAGUGUUAUGCCUCUGUAGGACACACCUCUAAAGGACGGUCGCCUCUAAACAGCGGUCGUCAUUUCCGGUCCCUUCGGUGACCGUUGUACGGAAGUCUUUCUGUAAUAUAGCUUUUGUCCCGCGGAAUAUCAGGCUAUUCGAUUUUCUGGAAGUUUUCAAUAAAAUAGCGUGUUACAUUUUGAUAAGAAAAUGAUAACUCCAAAAAAUUGGUGUAUUCAACGGGACAAAAGAUAUAUGAAUAUUAUGUAUAUUACUGGUUAUCGAUUUGAUUAAUUCGUUUUUUUUCUUUAUUCAUAUAAUAUAAUAGGAGGGCCCUAUUUAACGGCUUAUAUUUUAUUAUUUUCUCAUCGUAUUAUAUUAUAUUAUUGUAUUCUGUUAAACUAUAUAUUUUAAAAUUUCGUCGUCAUUGUUGUCGUAAUAUAAAUUUGAAACUUUGAAUCUUUGAAAAAAAAUAACGUGUUAUUAUGGUUUAAUCAAAAGGUUAUUAUAACAUUACUAUAUAAUAUUAUAUUUCGGCCAUAAAAUAUAAUAUUAUAUAUGUAUGUGUAUCACCAAACUAUACGAUAUUUUAAAUUAUUGUUGUAAGUUUUAUGUAUACCAAUAUUUACUGUUGUUAUAAAUUUGAAAAGACCUGUAACACUUAAAAAAAAAAAAAACAAAAAAAAAAAAAAAAAAAAAAAAAAAAAAAAACAAAAACAAAAACUUUCUAAUAAAUAGUUUAAUUUUUUCUAAAAUAUUAAUAAAAAUCAAUAUUUCCAAAUCUUCCAUUUUGUACUACGAAAAAAAAAAUCUCUUAAAUAUUACAUUAUUAUAUAAUAUAAUAUACGACUUGUUAGCGAAAUAAAGUACAGUAUUUUUUAUAUAUAACAUCAUUCAUUUAUCUAUUUAUAUAUUAUCAUGAUGCGUGGGUACUCGGUUUAUAACGAAACAAUAUACUGUAUCCUGUCAUUUUAGUUAUUAUUUUUUUUUUUUUUCCAUUGCUUAAAACGAUAAAUUAUAAGGUAUAUACUUUUUAAAUUCUGAGUGGUGGUGCAAGAAUUGCAUUUAUUUUACUAUGGUAUAUGUGUGUAUUUUAGUGUGUCUGUAAACAUCAUUUCUAUCAAAAAUCGUAUUCCAACCAAAACCUUUAUACGAAUUCUCAUAUUAGGAUUUUUGAUAUUGGUUCAUUGAGGGCAAUCAUUUGUUGAUUUCCCUUAUAGUUUUCUUUAUAAAUGGUCAAUACUGGUAAAUCUUUAUAUACAUUUUAUUGAUUUUUAUCUUACUUGAAGUACACUUACUCAGGGAUACUCUGCUCGGAAUCGUUUUCCAUCAGCAAUGGUUUAUCGUUGAUGUAGGAAAAGUAGAAUAAACUAUAGUUAUAUAUGUACUCUUCCAACAUCCCACCAGAAACAGUGACUUACCUAGUAAUUUUAUCAGCUUUUUUAUAAUAUCUGUCCUGGGCUUAAAUUAAAGUCUCAAAAAAAAAAAUCAAACCAAUAAAAACAUGUUGUUUAAUAGGUGAAACUUCGCACAUAUGUUGAGUUCUCUUCAGCUGAUGCAGGUCUUAUCAUUUUAUACAAUAAUAUAUACUUACUUACAGGAGUCUGUAACUCAAAAUAGUUUCAUCGCUAACUUUUCGAUUAUUCCAUACCCAACUAAUUUAUUGAUUUAAGCAAAAUUUUAAAAUUUUAAAAUACGAUUGGAUUUUUUUUGAAAUAACGAAAACCGAUUGCCCUAAAAACAAUGUUAGUUAUAUUAUAAAUAUUU